AUGUCGAAGUGCAAAUCUCUGCCAGAGCUCGAGACCCAGGAGCAAUACCUAUUUAAAAUGGCGAUGAUCACAGUAUUAAUUCUUCUUGCAGGCACCAUGAUUCUACUCAAACAGAACUUCCCUCACAAGGAGCCCAUCAGCACUUACGCUUGCUCGGACUGGAUAAGUAGUAGCCAACGUGCAGCAGAACUGUAUGAUUCGGGAGUCAAACUUUGGAACAAGGCAGAUCUCGUAGAGAUUGAACGACAACUUACACAAUCCGAUACUACCGAGAAAUUUGCAAUUCGCCGCAUUGACGGCACGAUGAUCCAAAUACGAAAUCCUCUAGUUGAUGUACAAAAGCCAAUCUGGUCAGUCGAUGCUUGCUAUACUUGCGCCGUACUAAGCUUUGGUAGGAAGCCACAUGUUCAGUUUCAAGGGUACUGGCAACUUAUCAAAGAACAACCGCAGGCCCCCCCCGAAACGUAUCACUGCUCAUAUCUUGUGAAAUGGACCAACCAAGCUGUGCGGAGAUUUCGCGAGUCUGAAGAGGAGCUGGACUUGAUUUUCGAAGACAAGAUGCUUGCUUGGAAUGGUAGUGCCAGCUACAAUCUUCUAAGCUCUUAUAUUGACACGCAUAUCAAGACUAGGACGGUGGCGAAGAUUGUGUGUUUUGGGUUGGGUGACAUGUUCCGCAGACCUCCAGACUGGAUGAGAAAAGAUGAUGCAUCAAAGGCAGAGAUUACACGCGGCAAGGAUCGCCGCAUUUUUCAUCACUUGAUUGCAUUGACUCUAGCGGAGAUUUGUCGGAAUCAUGGGAGUGAAGCGGUCCAAUUGAUAACCCAGGACCCCGACUACUCAAACGAAACGGUGAAAUUUUUGGAGAGAAAAGGUUUUACGAUCUUUGGGAAGUUUGGUGCAGAAGGCUUUGCAGUAAUUGACCAGGACUCCAUAGUGUUCUCUCCCUUCGCCGAAGCGCCUGUUAAGCAGAUUAUCGCUGAUCUUGCACGGCCUGCUCUAAUAAUCACUAAUGGAUUUAAGACUUUCAAUGACUCCGAGUAUGAGAUUUCCUUCCAAUGGCUAGCUCCUUUCUCGGCGAGGGUUCCAAGGUCUUCCUAA